GGAUCAGAAAUCAGGAUCCCGGCUUCAGUUGCCUCCCGACGCUCAAAAAAGCCACACGUAUUAAUUUAACGUGGAGUAAUGCAGUGAUAUAUUUCAGUGUUUGACGUUUCUCGAUACGGUGUCUCAAGAUGCCGCUCCAAAUACGAAGGGCAGGCGUGGUCUCCUUCUUGAGGGAGAACCUAUUGACGCUUCUGACCAUCAUUGGUGUUGUCGCUGGCACCUUGCUUGGCUGGGGCCUUCGGGCGACAGGCUACGAAUGGACGAGACGAGAGGUCAUGUACUUCCAGUACCCCGGAGAGCUGUUCCUGAGGAUGCUGAAGUGUCUCAUAGUUCCGCUGCUGGUGUCGUCCAUUGUAUCUGCGAUAGGUUCGCUGGAUCUUAGUCUUUCUGGCAAGGUCGGUCUCCGAGCCAUUAUCUACUACAUGACGACCACGGUAUGCGCUGUGAUGCUCGGUAUCGCUCUCGUGACCACCAUCAAGCCUGGCCGGAACUCGGAAGCGUUCAGCCAACCCGCCGGGACCAAACUUACUAAAGAUGUACUUACGGCCGAUACUAUACUCGAUUUAAUAAGAAACGUAUUUCCUGAAAACAUAGUGCAGGCAACUAUAGCAUCAUAUCGAACCAGACUCGCCUACGAUGUAAACGACACGAGGGCGAUUAAAGGACAUUUGGAGACGUACAAAAUCGAAGGGGAUUAUCAGAAGGGCAGCAAUGUUCUCGGUCUGGUCUGCUUUAGCAUCGUGCUGGGAAUCACACUUGGGAAGAUGGGGGAGAAGAGCCGACCGCUGCAGAACUUCUUCCACACCCUCUCUGAAGCUAUGAUGAUCAUCACUGGAUGGGUUAUUUGGCUAUCGCCUUUGGGUGUGUUUUUCUUGGUCACAGCCAAGAUAAUGGAGAUUGAAUCGUUUUCGGAGUUGGUGGGAAGACUUGGAAUGUAUUUCAUGACAGUUCUUCUGGGUCUGUUCCUACACGGUUUUGGCACGUUGAGCAUAUUGUUCGUGUUGGCGACGAAGAAAUUGCCGUGUCGUUAUAUUGCAAAGAUGGGACAAGUGAUGGCAACAGCUUUUGGUACGGCGUCCAGUUCGGCAACAAUGCCGAUAACUAUCGGAUGCUGCGAUGAGAUGGGUCUUGAUCCUCGCAUAACGCGCUUCGUUAUUCCUAUUGGCGCAACGAUCAACAUGGACGGCACCGCACUAUACGAGGCAGUUGCUGCAAUUUUCAUCGCGCAGCUGAGGAAAGUUGAGAUGUCAUUUGGGAAGAUUGUUGCUGUGAGUGUAACAGCUACAGCAGCGAGUAUAGGUGCGGCUGGUAUUCCACAAGCAGGACUGGUUACCAUGGUGAUGGUACUUGAUACAGUCAACUUGCCCGCUGAAGACGUCUCUAUCAUUCUCGCUGUCGAUUGGCUCCUGGAUCGGUUUCGGACUACCAUCAACGUUGUCUGUGACGCAUUGGGUGCUAUCAUAGUAGCUUCAUUGUCACAAGCUGAUAUUGAGAAGACGCGACAAAAUAACGACAAAGAACUUGCCACAGCACACGAACUAAGCGACUUAGAGAAGGGCGAACAUUAAACGAAAAUAACUGUAGCAUUGACUCAACUGUGUUCAGAUUAAAUAAUUAUUUUUUCAGGGCAUUUGUUGGUAUUGUUGUGGUAAAUAAUAUUCGUGUUGUUUUUAAUAAAAUCAGCUGAGAAUAUUAAGAAUAAUUUACAAUCUCCAUCUUGACUAAGGUCUGCGUAGUUCUAUCAAAGAUUCAAUAUGCAAAUGGUUUGUGAGUUUAAAUCUGUUAGUGAGUUUCGAAUUAAGUUUAUUUAUUUUAUAGAAUCUAGAAUGAGAAUAUUCAAAUGAUGAAUUGGUAGUUAAAUCAUAUAGUAAUCAAAAUAUAAAUAUUAAGUUACAUUGGUUAGGUACAUAUCAUGAUAAAGGUUAUAUGUUGAAUCGUUUUCAGUGUCAUGUUUAUUAUAAAGUUGUUAGUUUGUAAGGUUGAUGAUGUAUUGUAUAAUCACUAGAAGUUCUGUGAGCUGUUAGAUUUUUUGUGUGUUCUAUGUGACUAUACUUUAAAUAUUCACUAAACAUGAUUGUUAAAGUAUUUUAUGUUUGUACAAAGUACUUUAUAUUUCAUACUGAUCGAGGUUUUCCAUCCUUACUUAUCCCUACACAAAACAUGAUAUUGUAAUACUUUACCUAGAUAUUAUGAGGUUGAAAUCGUUGGGUUUUUCGCAUUAAAUCAUCCUUAUCAUUGCAAAAGAUAGUUAUUCUUACUAGCUUGUGAAAUAACCACAAUAUGUGUUUAUGUGCUUACAAAAUAUAUCCGUGAAACCCAAGUCAUAAUAUGUGUUACGAAAUGCAAUAUAAAUAGUGUGUCAAUUCCUUUGAUCUACCGCUAAUUAUGUAUACCGCUGUUUCGACCUCUAGUCGCAAAAAUUAUAAACAUUAACAUAAACAAAAUUGUUGUUGUGGCAUCAGAACACAAAAAAUGUGCAAUGUGUACUUGAUAGGUCAAAAUACGAGUAACAACACGCCGGUACAACAGCAGACGGCGCGAGAUGAAGGGAGAUACUGUUCUCGUUCAUAAGCAAAACAUCUCUGCUCUGCCUAAUCGCGGAGUUGAUAAUUUUUACAAUUUACGGUAUGUUCCAAUAUGCACUGCGAGCACUGCACAGUGCUAUCACUGUAGAAAAAUUCGUUCCGUUAUGGACUGCCAGUAUACUGCCGCAGUACCCUAGGGAAAUAUAUGACGUCAUAAAUCGCUGCCAUACUCUCCUGUGAGCACUGGCGUUUUCGAGGUAAGGUACUCACAGUAUUUUGAUCACGUGAUCAGUAAAAACCACUCAAGUGCCCAACGUUUUAUAAACAAUACCUACAGUUUAAUCCCAAAUAUUUUUAAUUUGACAGUACUCCAACAACAAUUUUGUUUUAAUGAACUAGAAAAAUUUAAUACACUCAUUUGAAUGCUGCGUCAAAAAAUGCGGCUGACAGUAUACGGGAUUUCGUUUCGUUUUAAAUAGUUACCAGUAUAACUGGCUAUAAAGGAACGGUUUCACAGUAUACUAAAUUGACGUCACAAUGUAGAGUGGUCGCAGUGCAUAUCGGAACAUACCCUUAGUAAUGCUUAGAAACGGGGCAUUACACUCUUACCAUUAAAAUCUCCUUAUUCAACAGCAUAUUUACUGCGAUCUUUUAACUAUUCUGCAUAGCGUGACGUUUUUUGGUAAUUUGAAACCAGUGGUGUAAAUUGUACAGUAUGGUUAACAGUACGUAUGAAAUACUCAUACCGCCAGUUGCAGAAAGCAUCCAAUAUAUCCUAACGGCCUCACAAAUAAGCUUGCUAUAAAGUUAUACCGGAGAACAAACCAAGAAUAUGUAAAAUGUUUACAAAUAGACAUUUUGCUUAUGAUUCAUAUAUUCUGACGUAUGACGUUUCCCGCGUUUAUUUGCAAGGCUGCUUGAAAUUUGGAAUUCUUUAGAAUUGUCAUUUUUUUUUUAUUUAUUUAGUGGCACGUAAAUUGUCAUUAUAUUGACAGUGUUGUCAGCGAUAUAGUCAACAUUUUGCAUAUUCUUAGUUCAUUCUCAGGUAUAACUUUAUAUCAAGUUUAUUUUUGAGGCCGUUUAAGUUUAAUUAAAUAUAAUACCGUCACUUUCUUUUUCAUUUUGACAGUUAAAGAUAGCAUGUAAUGAAACAUUGACUUUAAAUAUGCUUUUUGCAACUGGCGGCUAAUGUGCCAUAUCAUCAUUAAUUAUUUAUAUCUAUUAAUAGUGUAAUGUUGCAUUCCAAAAACCAUUAAUUUAUUAUUUUACCGUUAUUUUUAUCUGCUUUAGUCGUUAAACGAUAUCUUCUGUACCGUAUAUAGCUAGAUAUUAACAUAUAUACUCUGUUGUACGUAGAUUUGGUUUUGCCAAUGUCGUGUAUACUGUAGAAAACAUGUAAUAAAAUAAUAAUGUAUUAUUACCUGAUUUUAGCUUAAAGUUAAGGUUUGGUAAAAAAAAAAAAAGUUGAUUGUAAGAAAUUUGUUUCAUAUGAAAAUUGUCUUUUUAGUAGGUAUUAAUUAAAGCCAAAAAACAACGGUCUUUUACACUAAUGUCUUCCGUCAUUACCGAAGGAAUUACUAUAAAAGACAUGCCAUAGUGAUUUUUUUGUAAAUUCUGCUUAAGUGACACGUUGAAAAGAGUGUUAUGAGAAUGCGGUGAACAGAAAAAAUAAGACAGCUUAAAUUAAGAAUUGUUCUCCGCUGCGCUCCGACGAUACCACACUACCUAAGCUACAAUAGCUUUAUCACGGCAACUAUAAGAUGUUUGUGUGCGUGGCAUCUUGACACUCAAUGGCAUCUUUCAAAUUUUGUAAGUUUGUACACUUCUUGUUAAUUUACAUUGUUAUUAGUAAAAUACAAAAAACUUACUGAUGAUAUGUGAUCCCAGUGUCUUUCUUAUUUCUUUUAGUAUUAUUAUUUUUACAAAGUUUUUCUACGCAACCCGGCAUUUUAGUUUCAGCUAUUAGCAAAGUUUCACAGAACGUCAACGUUCACACAUUGUUCGUAGUAUUAAUUGCCGCACUCUGCGACUACGCCUGAGGUAUCUAGUUGGAUCGCAGUGGAGACCAAUUAUUAUUCUAAGUAAUACAGUGUUUUUCACAUGCGCAGAGUAAGGUUACUGUCGUCUAAAUUAGGACACUUUCGAGUCACACAGAUCGCUCGGUUAUCAAAUACAUUUUAUUAGAUAUUUUAAGUUAUCUGUUAUCUUUAAUGAUUGAUUGUAAAAUAUAAUUAUAGUUUUAAGGAUAUACAUGGUUAACAGAGCCAAUAAUCAUGAUGAUAAAUAUAUAUUUAUAAAUAAACAUUUCAUUCAUUUAGGGGUUCUUGAGUAAUAAAAGUAAACUUGUUUAUAAAACACUUUACAUUAAGAAUACGUAAAUUAGUAAAUAAACAUAUUGUACUGUUUAAACUGUAGAUCAAUUGUAUUAUUUUAUUAAUAAAUACUUUCAGUAUU